UUCUAGCCAACGGCCGCGUCGCGGGCACAAUCAUCAUGGCGGCGCUGAGGAAACCCAAGCGACCCAUUUUAGGAGCGCUGGAAGAAGGAGAUGAACUUGAGCCGGCUGAGCCUCCGACAGCCGCCGGCACUCCACCGAUGGAGAAGAAGCGACUUCAACUUACGAUCAAGAAUGUGCUGUUGCGGGCUCAAGUGACUCGCCUUUUCACAGACAAGCCCGUCAACUCCAUCGUUCCAGAGAUACCCUCGUCGAUCCCGCUGCACACGCCGUCAUCUGUAAAGCUAGCACCCAUAGCUGCACCUCCGCAGAGACCUAGCGCAGUUCCAUCGCCCGCGGCUUCACCGCCGCUCAUAUUUAACCACACCGUAUCUCAAAACGGCAACAUUUGGUCCUCUGUCGUACGCAAGGCUAUGUUAAAGGCACCGCAGGAAGAAUUGGCCCUGGCAUCCCAUGAACACGACUCCAUAACCAACGACACAAUUGACAACAGCAAGCAGUCACUUCGAGCACUGCUACAAAGCCCCAAAGUCAAGCUAUACGUCGACAGGUUCUCCGGCCGUGCCGGCACCUCCGUCAGACCGCUUCCGCAAUCGGCAGCGAUGCGGAAAUGGUCCAAAGUGAACGGAUCGUCGUCCAUGGCGGACAUGGAAAGCAGCAACCAAGAGACGUCUUCCGAAGGCGGAAGUACCAACGACGAUGACCAUGGCGCGGCGGUGGAAGCGCGGAAGAAGGAAGCCAGCCAGCCAGACUACGGCCGCAACCUCGUCCUCGCAGAGUCGUGCCGCGCGGCGUUCUGCCGAGAUGCUGAGAACCGAUCCACUUCCGACCUCCAAGCGCUGCGCACGUGGUUCCAGAAAACCAAACUCAAAACGUGCACCGAUUUCGAGUCGUUGCAGGCCAUGGAGUUGACGUUGCUCUGUCGACGCAUGAAAUUGCACGCGUACUACCCCAACGAAGUCGUGUUCAAACAGGGCGACGAAGGCGAUGCACUGUACAUUGUGUUUUCAGGCAAGGUCGAGGUUCGAGUCAACCAAAAGAUCAUGGGCGACUUUAUCGAAGUGGUCGUGUGUGAAAUGAACAAGGGGGAAUUCUUUGGCGAGCGAUCUCUCCUCAACAAUGAACCUCGCGCGGCCACGAUCGUGACGAAAACAGCGACGGAAUUGGUGUCUAUCUGCCGAGAUGACUACGACGUAAUGCUCAAGCAAGACCAGCAAGCAUUUCUGCAAAAAGCGGCGGUAGCGGGUAGCCGCCGGUUGUCCCAGGUGCUGCUCAACACCCACGACACGUACAUCAAGAUUUUGAAGAAGAAGCCGUCGACCCGGUCCAAGACGGACCUGGUGACCCUCGCGACGUUUCUCCAAACGCUCAAGUUCUUUCGAGGUCUGCCCAAGACAUUUGUCCAGGAGCUGUGCACGAUCAUCGACCUCAUCAACGUCGACGCCAACACGACCAUAUUCCGCGAAGGAGAGAUCGGCAAACUGUUUUACGUCAUCCUCAGCGGCGCCGUGGAUGUCAAGAUCAGCGCCGUGGACCAGCGCGGUGGCACCGUGCAGACUAAAUUGGUCAACCUUGGCGAAGGCAGCCACUUUGGGGACUUGGCGCUGAUGAAAAAGGACGGGCUCCGCAGCGCCACGGUCGUGUCGACCCAUUCAUGCGAAUUGCUCAUCAUUGCCGAAAAGGACUACAACUCGAUUUUGAAAAAGCUGCAAAAAGAAGACAUGCAGAAACGGAUGGCGUUGCUGGACAAGAUUCCGAUCUUUCAGUCGGUCGAGUGGACGUCGGAAAUCAUGCAAGAGCUGAGCUAUGUGCUCAUGGAGCAACGGCUGGCCGCGGGCACGGCCUUGUAUAAACAAGGAGAUAAAGCCGUGCACUUGUACUUUCUCACGCGGGGUGAAGUGAUUAUUUCCAAGUCGGUGGUCGAUCCCAAGUCCCACAAGGAGCACUUGGUCGUGGUCGACCGGCUCGGGCCGUUCAACGUCCUCGGCGACGACGCCGCCACGGGGAAGAACUUUAACGAACCUGUGAUUCGCAGUGAAACCGCGACGGCCAAUACGCCUAUCGAAGUCCUCGCCCUUUCCAAGUACGAUGUGUUCAACCGGCUGUCCCGCACGGCGCGCGAGACCCUGCGCGGCCACACGCAUCGCCACAAGCACCCUGUGGUGGUGUUUGAUCAGCUGUACAAAACUCUCAAAUGGAACCAGUUCAAAGCUAAAGUCGUACACGACGAAGUGCAUACAGAUCGAUUGAACAAGAUACUGCCGACAUCGGGUCGCUACGUCAAGCCCACGAAAGCAGCACCUGCGACGACGUCAUCACUCUACCAGCGUGGCCACAUGCAGCACGCGCCGUUGAUCGAAGGCAACGAGUUGCUGCUGCUCAGUCCUGUGAAACCGACUCCACCGGUCAAGACCCUCGCCAGUUACACGCUAAACUACAACCCCGAGAUUACAACCCAGGACAGACCGGCGUUGCUACGACACGUGCUGGAGAAUCACAGCAAAGCCGCGAGAAACACGCUCGACGAAGGCAACCCCAUGGUGUACUUGGAGUACUUGGCUCCACUGGCGUUGACCUCAACGUCGUCACAGAAGGAUCAUUUCGAAGACAUUAUUCACCCCACAGACUCGGUGGCAGAGAAUUUCAUCUUUUCGAUUCCGUCUUCGCCACGACGGCAUAAAAAAUCACGCGGCGACUUGUUGACGAAGGGGUCGUCGUCUAAGGCUGCCACGUCAUCAACAUCAGCAGUAGUAGUAGCAUCAGCGCCACCGCGUUUGCACAGUCACCACGGGUUUGUAAUUGUCAACAUUGCUAGCCAAGAGCUGCACCCGGUGUCCCCCCAGCCCGCGUUUCGAUUGGUCGGCCAUUUUGCAACUUCCGCCGACGCCCGUGACCGAGCGGCCCAGAUUGAAGCCCAUGAAAACUCACAUUCGUACCGGUCGUUCAAGGCGGACCCCCACCCCGUCGAGUUCUUUGUCAUCGAGACGGACAAACAUGCGCUUGUUCCGCCUUCGAUGGACCGGCUCAUGUCGCCGCAGUAUUGUAACCAACGGCUGCACGAAUACCUGCACGACCACGGCAACCUCAACAAACUCCACGCGUCCUUUUGCCAGCUCACCCAGUCCCCAACAGGAGGCCACCAAGACAUGGGCGGCACCAUGUCGUCGCACGCUAUCGCAAGGAUCAUGCACGAUCUGUGUGGGCACUUGGAGUGCCUGCACCUAGUACCCGCCACCACCACAUCCCCUCCGACGACUUGCAAUCCGAACGACUCGUUCAAGAAAAAGACUCCAACGACGACGCUGCAAUUGCAAGAUAUUGAGCACAACCACAUGCCGCUCGAGCUCAAGCAAUCGUCCUGCAACUUCGCGUGCAUUUCCACACUAAUUGUGGGCGACGGCACCGAGCCCAGCUUGUGUGUGUACGGGUGCUUUCCCACGGAAGCCGACGCCACUGCGUUUGCCGAACACGGGUUUCCCAACGAACUGAGCGACCAAGCGUUGUUGUGCGUGGUGCCCAUGUACGAAUGGAUCUACUUUGAAGACGCGACCGACUGGUGUGUUCAAAUGCGCAAGUCCCAAGAUCGUCACAACCUGGCCGUGCACAAGAAGGAACUACAUGCGAUCCAGCAGCAGCCGGCGGCGGUGGCUCCUGUCCUUGCGCCCCACGAAGCGCCCAAGUGGAUGGUUGAACAGCAGCAAGGCCAACGACUUCACCAGCUCGUUUGCUCGCACAUGGGCAUGAAAGUGGCGGAGAAGGACUCUGACAUGAAAGCGAUCGACGACGAAGCUUACACGCUCAAAAGCAGCACCACCCUCGAGCAGAAGAUGGAAGCGCUCCACGAUAUCCUCGGUGCUCGGCAUCAGUCCACGGGCCUCGGCUCAAGCCUCCAAAAGAUGCAAAAGGUCCAACGGUUUGGGCACAUUAUGAAGAUGCGCCUCCAAAAAGGCGAGUAACUACUAGUUAAUAACGAUUAAUCAGUGGAAAAACCUACAUUCUGGG